AUGUAUGAAAACGAAUUAAGCGAGGCGAGAGAGAUGCAAGCGGUCCGGGAAGGAACACAACACAAAAACACAAAAAGAGUAGAAAACAGAGACGAAGGAGCACAAAAGCAAGACAAGUUGCGAAUUGAGCGGGCGAGUUUGUACAGGGAUGGAAAAAAGCAACCGAAAUUUUCAAUGCCUGAACAGUCAACACUAGACAAUUCAAAAGUGUGA